AUGCCUCGAGAAGGAAAUUUAUCAGUCUUAGAAAGCUUACCACAAGAUAUUCUUGGGGAUAUCAUAUCCAGAGUUGCAAAAGGUGGCCGUGAAGAUGUUCUUCAUUGCAUGUUAGUUUCACAUGAACUAGCAAUAGCCUGCAAGGAUGAAAGAGUUGCUAAAAAUCUCAGCCUAAAGCCCCUGGCCAUGAAUCCAUUAUCAACUUUAAACAACUAUGAAGCAGUCAUGGAGAGAUGUCUACAAAAUGGUAAUGCUGAAGCACAUUAUAUUGAAGGCAUAAAGGAGUAUUUCUACCACAACAACACAGACAUCAGCCUCCAUCAUCUCGAAACAUCUGCUGAAGGUUUGUAUGAAAAAGGCAUUUAUCUAUAUGGGAUACUCAUGUUAUGCAGGGGAGAAAUAGAGAAAGGUAAACAAUAUCUGGAUAAGCUUGCAACAUCCGUGUUCCGGGAAUAG